AUGGUUGCUGCUCGUGUCCCUACUUCUUUCGCGUCUUGCAGCGUCCCUCCUUACUUUGACGCGAAACUUCCUCAAAAGUUGGACGCUAUUCGCAAUGCUGGAUUUGAUGGAAUAGAAAUAUCUAUGCCAGAUAUAGUGGCAUACGGCUGCGAUAUCGAGCGAAAAGAAAUUGAAGAAGAUGAUUACGAUACUCUUUCAGACGUAGCUAGGAAGAUUCGAAUCCUCACCGAUCAACUUGGCCUUGUUAUUCUCAUGCUGCAACCAUUUUCAAGAUUUGAGGGAUGGAAUAAAGAUACACAUGCAAGAGAGAGAGAGGAAGCAUUUACGCGCGCCAAAGGAUGGAUAAGAAUCAUGGAGGCUUUAGGCACCGAUAUGCUCCAAGUUGGCUCAUCAGAUGCUCCAGAUAUAUCAUCCUCAUUUGACGACCAUGCUGCGGAUCUGCAGCAGUUGGCCGACCUACUAGCGGAGAAAGGCUUCCGACUUGCUUAUGAGAAUUGGUGUUGGGCAACCUAUGCCUCAACUUGGAAAGACGUCUGGGAGAUAUCACGCAAAGCCGAUCGUCAAAACAUUGGCCUUUGUCUGGACACCUUCCAAUCAGCCGGUGGAGAAUAUGGUAAUCCGUCUACAAAGUCAGGCUAUAUUGAAGAUGUUAGCCUGGCUGAGCUUGGCGACCGUUGGCAAAAAAGUCUGAGGGAACUGGAACAGACUGUCCCUGGAGAUAAAAUUUUCUUACUUCAGAUUUCAGACGCCUACAGAACGGAGCUACCUCUGCGUAACACGAAGGAGAGAGCGAGAUCGGUAUGGAGUCAUGAUUAUCGUCCACUACCCUUUGAUGGAGGGUAUCUGCCGAUUCAAGGCUUUCUAGAUUCUGUACUGCGAACAGGCUUCAGAGGCUGGCUUUCUGUUGAAGUAUUUGACUCGAAGCCCAAGGAGAAAACAGUCAUGCAAGUGACUACCAUGGGACAACCCAGCCAACGCAACACAUUUGACUGA